AUGGGUUCGUAGCCAUCUUAAAUGGGGCCAUUCGAAGGCCAACCAGGAAUGCCAGGUUUAGCCUCAGACACUAACUAAUCAGUUUAAAAUCAAGAAAUCCAAUCGAAAAGGAAGCAAACUGACUAGUUCUCAUCAUCAAAUGAGUCAAUGACUCUAAACCCCAACAAUAUUAAUAGCGGGCCAACUGAGCUACUUGGCUAGCAGCAGUAAUAGCCACCUCUUCAGCAGCCACCUCAGCCGAAGCAGUCAGAUUUAGUUAACAAUGUUUUCACUUGGAAUUUUGGAGGCUAGAACGUCAUGUUGAUUGGCAGCUUUAGCAAAUGGCAGGAGAGAAUCCCAAUGAAGAAAAUGGGUAAUGAAUUCACUCUGGUAAAGGCUCUUGAAAGAGGAAUUCACUUCUAUAAAUUCAUAAUAGAUGGGGAAUGGAAAUUCGCUCCUGAUCAACCAACUCAGAGAGACAACAAUGGGAACAUAAAUAACUUUAUCGAUACAACUCACUAUGCUCCAGUAUAGCAGUCCUUACCUCCUUAAUAAAUACAGCAAAGAACUUCUGAGGCUUAGCAAAAUCAGUAAUAGAAUCCACAGCAAUAGAGAAGAAAACGAGGGGAGAGUAAUACUGGUACUGCUAAUGUAGGCAGUGGUUAUGGCCAGCAAAUGCCUAAUCUCGCAGAGAUCAAUCAAGAUGCAUAGGUGAUGCCUAUACACUUUCAAUACAACUUCUUGAACAGAGACGACAUUCCUCUGCACAACGAGAAAUACUCUAAGCCUUCUAUUAAUAAAGACCUGCUUUUUGGAAAUAAAUCAUUUUUUGAUAACUAACUUGAUAUUCCAUCACAUGUCGUUUUGUAAUAAUCCUAUGUUUUUUAAUAACUAUAGGAAUCAUGUGAAUACCUGGAGAGAUCAAUCAGAAUAGAUGACAGUGAUAUCGAUGACACAAAGACUUAACAAGACUAAAUUUGUUACCACUAUGUAUUAUAAGCCUAACUCCGAGGAGGAAAGUAUGUUUGA